UUUCAUGCGUUUACAUGCGGGUGAUUGUAUAUGUUAAAGUAAAUUCCUGCGGAAACAACUUCUAUAAAAAUUUGGAUAUAAAACGAUAAUACGAAUACGUUUGGCAUAGGAAUAUAUAAAUGAGGAGAGAACGAAAAGAUCCUCGUUUUUUUUUUAAAUUGCUGAAAUUCCCGAAGCGACCUUGCAACUGCCUGCAACGCAAUACUUUUGCGAAUCAUGAAUAUUCAAUUUAUAUUGAAAUUAUUACUUAUCCUGUAUCUGACAUUAUAAUUAACGUUAAUAUAAUUUUUAAUUUUUUUUCUUUCUUUCACCUACAUCACAUGUAGGAUCAAUAAUUUAGAAGAGAAUUGAAUUGCGAUCAAUGAUUACGAUCGUGUCGUAUCUUUACUUCAGCAAAUAUUCUCCGAUGGAGAGAGGACGGGCAAAAUCUGUUUCGUAGGAUAAAUAGGAGACCCGCAGUUUCUAUAUUUCGUAACACCCUCCGGUAAAUUAGAAAUCACGAUUUGUGAGCGACAUGUCGCGCUACGUGAAAAGUUGUCCAUUCUACACUGGUGCCAUCAUAUUAUCAAAAUAAAUAGAUUAUGUCAGGCUUGGAGCUAGGAACACAGAUAGGACGAAGGAGUUAUGAAGAAAUAUUAAAACAGCGACAGGAUGAGGGGUGUCGUAAAACUGCGACGACAAACGAGCAGGCCCGUGUUGAGGACAUUGUACUUAAGUUUUACCAGUCUUGUAGAGAAGGAGAUCCUAUUUUAUUUAGACCAAAACACAUUCAGUUCUUGAAGAAAGCAGUCACUAAUUUAAAUGACACCUACGAGUGUUUGGACUCCAGUAGGCCUUGGCUGUGCUUUUGGAUAUUGCAUUCGCUUGCAAUAUUGGGUGAACGAUUGGAAGACGAGGAGUAUUCCAAGAUAGCAAGCUUUCUGGCUAAGUGUCAAUCCCCGGAUGGUGGUUUUGGGGGAGGUCCAGGACAACAUUCACAUUUAGCAUCCACAUACGCUGCAGUAAAUGCAUUAUGCACCAUCGGCACACAAGAGGCAUAUGAUGUGAUAGAUAGGCGGACCUUGAAACGUUUCCUGUCGUCCUUACGUGGAGAGGAUGGUUCGUUCUGUAUGCACGAAAACGGCGAAGUAGACAUACGUGGAGCAUAUUGCGCCCUCGCCGCUGCUAAGCUGACGAACGUGUACACCCCAGACAUGUUCAAGGACACUGCCGAGUGGAUAGCCAAGUGUCAAACGUGGGAAGGCGGUUUCGGCGGCUGUCCAGGAAUGGAGGCUCACGGUGGAUACGCGUAUUGUGGCUUGGCGGCGCUCGUAAUGCUCGGAAAAACGGAGCUUUGCCAUAUACCGGAAUUGCUGAGGUGGAUAGUAAAUAAGCAAAUGCGUCUGGAAGGUGGUUUCCAAGGACGUACAAACAAAUUGGUGGACGGAUGCUAUUCGUUCUGGCAGGGCGGGACGUUUCCAUUAAUCGCCGCUAUCUUGUCGACGCAAGAAAAGGCGUUCAACAGUUCUGACCACUGGUUGUUCAAUCAAGAGGCCUUACAAGAAUAUAUAUUAAUUUGCUGUCAGAACCCGCACGGUGGUCUUCUAGAUAAACCGGGAAAAAAUCGUGAUAUAUACCACACCUGUUAUGUCCUCAGUGGAUUAUCAAUAGCGCAAAACUCACCUGUAAAGUCGAUCAUUGGAAAGAAAGGCAUGAAUAAGGUAGAGGUGAUCCAUCCCGUCUUCAACGUAGAAUACACCGCUGCAAAAAAAGCGCAGGAGUAUUUCCCUACUCUACCGAUACCCGCCGAUUAAUUCGUUUUAGCUAUUUAAAAUGUAUCUAACUGCGUUUGUAUGUUUUUCCUAAAAAGAGAAAAAGAAAAAGAAAAAAUAUUCCAAGAUUGAAUUUAUCUCGAACUGACCAACAAUGCGCGCAUAGAAAAAGUUGUUUGUAUAUGAAAAUCCAUAAUUGUGAUAUAUAAAAGAACUUAUAAAAUGCCAUGUUAAAAUAGA